GUUGGGUUGGGAAGGGUCGUCGAUUCCCAUGGAACCCCUAACCUAUAUAUAUUGCAUCUAGGCUCAAUAUUUACCUUGCGUAAUUAGCGAAAGCAGCUAGGCCGCCGUUUAACUAGGUAAUUCAUAAACGCCUUCGCCUGAGGCAGAUGAAUUCUAAUAUACAUUCGGAGCUGAUACUCAAGUCUGAGGAGGAGGAGAUCGAACGACAGGAGGACAUUGAUGAGGAGAAAUUAAUAAUUAACACUCAUAGUGAAUGUAAGAAGGAACAAGUACUUGAGAUACUACCGCGACCGCUGGUCUGUAAACCAGAGAAUGUCAGCGUCGACUGUAAGACCGAACCCAUAGAUACUAAGUGGCACUGGGCACCGGGUGCUUGGCAGGAUGCCACCAGAACCAGUGCUUUUCAACCCUACAAGCCACCGACGUUGCUAACUAAUCUACAGAGAGGCAAUACUCAGACUGAGAUACCACAGUUGUACGAGGGAAAUGGUCUCACUUUUCACACUCUGGCUGGCCAAGGGGAACUUACUCCAAAUGACGUUCAACCAGGAACUGUAGAUGUCCCGGAUGAAAAAGGCUUCACUGCGCUCAUGUGGGCAGCUGGAUAUGGUCAGUUAGGAAGCGCAAAACAAUUGCUGAAUGCAGGAGCAGAUAAAAACUACCGUGGCGUCAAUGGAGAGACCGCCUUGCACUUAGCAGCAGCUUACGGACACCACGACCUUGUCAAACUGCUUCUAAACCACGGAGCUCGUGCUGAUCCAAGUGACGAGGAAGGUAACACUCCUUUGGUAUAUGGUGCCCAUGGUGAUCACCCCCAUGUAUGCCACGAACUGUUAUCACGAGGUGCUGAUGUAACUCAUAGAAACGUACAUAAUGUAACUCCCUAUCAAGCAGCCUUGGCAAAUAACUCAACUAUUGCAAAAGCAGUCAUCGAAAACUUUUUGAUGCACCAGCUGAUGAGCCUGCCAUCUGACCCGCCAAAUUUGUGAGCCGGAAUUAUUGUCAACUAGUUCGUAAACGUUAAAAUAACGUACAGUAAAUUGUAUUACAUACUUUAUUAGUUUAUUUUUAUACUUUUCUGGCUGUAAUUUGCGAUAGUUUAUUAAAAUAUAUCGUGCCCGUAUAAGGAA